UUACUGUUCCAUAGAGUUGCACCGUCUAAUGAGCUACUGAUGUCCUGCUCUCUCUUGACCUGAGGUCAGAGGACCUUAAGGAUUGACACCUGUAAUUUUACUCCCCCGUUUAUUCAACUGGAACAUUGGAAAAAUAAAAUCUUCGGACUCCAAGUGUGCAUGGGACAGCCUGGUGCCCACACAUGGUCAGAGAGCUCUGACUUGGCGGCAGCUUGGACGUCUGCUCUGUUUUCUCGUUUAAAUCUACACGUGCGCCCAGUGGCACACACUUCACCCUCCAAACAGCCUGAUCCUGUGUGGUGGCUGUCCAGGUGGCACUUACUAUUUUAGCACCUCAAGGAUGAGGCAGAAGACUAAGGACAAUGAUAAAUCCAAGGGGAGGACCCCUGAAGACGAAGAAGAGGAGAGGAGGCGCAAGGAGAGGGAGGACCAGAUGUACCGCGAGCGGCUGCGCACCUUGUUUGUCAUCGCCGUCGUCAUGAGCCUGCUGAACGCGCUCAGCACCGGUGGGGGCAACAUUUCCUGGAACGACUUUGUGCAUGAGAUGCUGGCCAAGGGCGAGGUGCAGCGUGUCCAGGUGGUGCCCGAGAGCGAGGUGGUGGAAGUGUACCUGCACCCUGGAGCUGUGGUGUUCGGGCGGCCUCGGCUGGCCUUGAUGUACCGAAUGCAGGUGGCAAAUAUCGACAAAUUUGAAGAGAAGCUUCGAGCGGCUGAAGAUGAGCUGAAUAUUGAAGGCAAGGACAGGAUCCCGGUUUCCUAUAAGCGGACAGGAUUCUUUGGAAACGCCCUCUACGCCUUGGGGAUGACAGCAGUGGGCCUGGCCAUCCUGUGGUAUGUUUUCCGUCUGGCUGGAAUGACGGGAAGGGAAGGAGGAUUCAGCGCUUUCAAUCAGCUUAAAAUGGCUCGUUUCACGAUUGUGGAUGGCAAGACGGGGAAAGGAGUCAGCUUUAAAGACGUGGCAGGGAUGCAUGAAGCCAAACUGGAAGUCAAGGAGUUUGUGGAUUAUCUGAAGAGCCCAGAGCGCUUCCUUCAGCUGGGUGCCAAGGUCCCGAAGGGUGCACUGCUGCUUGGCCCACCCGGCUGUGGGAAGACGCUGCUGGCCAAGGCAGUGGCCACUGAGGCCCAGGUGCCCUUCUUGGCGAUGGCCGGCCCGGAGUUCGUGGAGGUCAUUGGAGGCCUCGGUGCUGCCCGUGUGCGGAGCCUCUUCAAGGAAGCCCGUGCCCGGGCCCCCUGCAUCGUGUACAUUGACGAGAUCGAUGCUGUGGGCAAGAAGCGCUCCACCACCAUGUCCGGCUUCUCCAACACAGAGGAGGAGCAGACGCUUAACCAGCUUCUGGUGGAAAUGGAUGGAAUGGGCACCACUGACCAUGUCAUCGUCCUGGCGUCCACCAACCGAGGUGACAUUUUGGAUAAUGCUCUGCUGAGGCCAGGCCGGCUGGACAGACACGUCUUCAUUGACCUUCCCACGCUGCAGGAAAGGCAGGAGAUUUUCGAGCAGCACCUGAAGAGCCUGAAGCUGACCCAGGCCAGCAGCUUUUACUCACAGCGUCUGGCAGAGCUGACCCCGGGGUUCAGUGGUGCUGACAUCGCCAACAUCUGUAACGAGGCCGCGCUGCACGCCGCACGAGAAGGGCACACGGCCGUCCACACCUUCAACUUUGAGUACGCCGUGGAGCGUGUCAUCGCUGGGACUGCCAAAAAGAGCAAGAUCCUCUCCAAGGAAGAGCAGAAGGUGGUUGCGUUUCAUGAGUCCGGCCACGCUCUGGUGGGCUGGCUGCUGGAGCACACCGAGGCUGUGAUGAAGGUCUCCAUCGCGCCGCGGACAAACGCUGCACUGGGCUUCGCUCAGAUGCUCCCCAGAGACCAGCACCUGUUCACCAAGGAGCAGCUGUUUGAGCGGAUGUGCAUGGCCCUGGGCGGCCGCGCAUCGGAGAGCAUCUCCUUCAACAAGGUCACUUCUGGGGCGCAGGACGACCUGAGGAAGGUCACCCGCAUCGCCUACUCCAUGGUGAAGCAGUUUGGGAUGGCACCAAGCAUCGGGCCCGUCUCCUUCCCUGAGGCACAGGAGGGCCUCAUGGGCAUUGGACGGCGACCCUUCAGCCAGGGCUUUCAGCAGAUGAUGGACCACGAAGCAAAACUGCUGGUGGCUAAGGCCUACAGGCACACUGAGAAGGUACUGCAGGACAACCUGGACAAGCUGCAGGCGCUGGCGAACACCCUGCUGGAAAAGGAAGUGAUAAACUACGAGGACAUCGAGGCCCUCAUUGGCCCGCCGCCUCAUGGGCCCAAGAAGAUGAUCGCGCCUCAGAGGUGGAGCGAUGCUGAGCGGGAGAAGCAAGAUGCCGGGGAGGAGGAGGCUCCCCAGCAGUCCCCCCUCCGAGGGGAGGAGCCAUCUUGGCCCAAAUAGUGGGACCUCCCUGACUGCCCGUGGGGCUGCGGCAUCUGCCGGGCCCAGGAAGUGGCUCCUUACUGGCUCCCCCAGGUUCCCUUUCUCCUGAGACUCAGCCCUCCCUGGUCUCUGCUGAGGGCUUCUGAGCUCUGUGUACCGAUUUCCCCACCCGGGAUUAGUCAAGUCUUCGAGAGGUGGA